AUGGCGGUAUCAGGCGUGUGUCAAAGCAUCCUGAAUGCACGGCAAAAUGAGGACGGUUAUGGAAGCCUUGAAGCUCCCGAGAAGUUCCUCAACCAGGACUACCAGCAGCUGAAACAGUACUGCCUGAUCCGGAAUGUGCGUUUCUUCGAUGACAUGUUUCCUCCGGACAAGAGAUCCAUCGGCCCCACCAUCCUGUCCCCUUCAGAUCUCAGCAAAGUGGUGUGGUGCAGACCCCAGAAAAUUGUUCCCAAUCCAGCUUUUGUGGUGGAUGGAAUCUCCAGAUUUGAUUUUGGCCAGGGCAUUCUAGGGAAUUGUUGGUUUCUGGCAUCCAUCGGAUCUCUGACGUUCCAGAAGCAAAUCCUGGCUCAGGUUGUGCCAAUGGAGCAGCAGUUUGAUGACAGCUACUGCGGCUUGUUCCACUUCAGGUUUUGGAGAUUUGGACACUGGGUGGAUGUAGUUAUUGACGACAAACUUCCCACAAUAAACGGCAGACUUAUCUUUGUCCACUCCACAGACCCGACCGAGUUCUGGCCUGCUUUGCUAGAGAAAGCCUAUGCUAAAGUGUGCGGUUCCUACUCGGACAUGAACGCGGGGACCCCAGCGGAGGCUCUGGUGGACUUCACCGGAGGAGUCCACAUCUGUCUGGAGUUGAACAGUCCUCCUCCAGACCUGUGGGAGGUCAUGUGCAGAGCAGGACGCUCCAAGUCCCUGAUGGGCUGUGGAACUCCUCCCGGGGCGACACCUGAGAACACGGUCUUGCCAAAUGGACUGGUUGAGGGCCAUGCCUACGCUGUAACUGGCAUCAAAGAGCUGAUGAGCCGGGGCCAGCGUGUGAAAAUGGUGCGUCUCUGGAACCCCUGGGGCAAAGGGGAGUGGAAAGGUGACUGGAGCGAUCGGUCACCGCUCUGGCAAACAGUAAGCCAUGAAGAUCGAGAGCUGUGCCUGGCCGUAGUUGACGAUGGAGAGUUUUGGAUGACUUUGGAAGACUUCUAUAAGUUCUACUCAGACCUGGACAUCUGCUGUAUGUUUCCGGACUUCCUGGAUGGAAGUUCUACUUGUCACUGGAAGAAGUCCUUCUACGAGGGCCGCUGGGUGGCGGGCAUCACUGCAGGCGGCUGCAUGAACAACAUGGAAAGUUUUUGGACAAAUCCUCAAUAUCGAGUGAAGAUAGACCAGCUGUAUAAAAAAUGUGAAUCGAGCCAAGGAGACAGAAAUAUGCUGGUGUCCCUCAUGCAGAAACCUGAUAAGAGAAACAGGCGACUGGUGCAAAACCUUCACAUCGGUUUCUCCAUCUUUGCAGUUCCUGAUGAAUAUGCAGCUGUUCAAGGGAAGUUUCCAGCCGAGUUCUUCCGCACUAACAAAGCAGUGGCUCAUACCAAAGCCUACAUGAACGCCCGGGAGGUGAUGGAGUUUGUGGCGCUGAUGCCUGGGGAAUACCUCAUCGUUCCAUCCACCUUCAACCCCAACGAGACAGCUUCUUUCUUGAUCACCAUCAUCUCCAAGUCUGAAACACACGUCCAUGAGAGCUCCAGUCGCAACAACUACCAUUAUGUGGAGGUAGAAAAGCAUCCUGAAAACGGGACAAAUGGGACAAAUGAAGCAAAUGAGGACAACAAGAGAAAACUAUUCCGUCAAUUUUCUGACAAGUACGAGGAGGUGGAUGCAGAGCAGCUCAAGAUGCUGCUGAAUGAAAACAUCCUCAAAGGGGACUUGAAAUCCGGGGGCUUCUCUGUGGACGCCUGCCGCAGCAUGGUCGCGCUCAUGGACUCUUCCAUUACCGGGAGACUGAAUGGUGAAGAAUUUGUCCGUUUAUGGGGAAAAGUCACAAUGUUCAAGGACAUUUUCUACCGUACGGACGUGUCGCGGACUGGAACCCUGUCUAUGAAUGAGCUGAGAAAUGCCAUCAUGGCUGUCGGACUGAGACUGAGCGACGAGAUGCUCAGUCUGAUGGCCGUGAGAUAUGGAGCCUCCUCUGGCCACAUGAGUCUGGAGAGCUUCAUCAGUCUGGUUCUUCGCUUCGAAUGCAUGUCCAAAAUUUACAAUAAGUUGUCCAAUGGAACGACAAUGACCUUGCGAGAGUCUGAGUGGCUAAAGUUCAGUUACUUACGUGUUGUGGUUGUUGUUGUUGUUAUUGGGGUUUUUGUGGUUGUGGUGUUUGUGGUUGGGGUUGUGGUGUUUGUGGUUGGGGUUGUGGUGUUUGUGAUUGGGGUUGUGGUGUUUGUGGUUGGGGUUGUGGUGUUUGUGUUUGUGGUGUUUGUGGUUGGGGUUGUGGUGUUUGUGAUUGGGGUUGUGGUGUUUGUGAUUGGGGUUGUGGUGUUUGUGUUUGUGGUGUUUGUGGUUGGGGUUGUGGUGUUUGUGGUUGGGGUUGUGGUGUUUGUGAUUGGGGUUGUGGUGUUUGUGUUUGUGGUGUUUGUGAUUGGGGUUGUGGUGUUUGUGGUUGGGGUUGUGGUGUUUGUGUUUGUGGUGUUUGUGAUUGGGGUUGUGGUGUUUGUGAUUGGGGUUGUGGUGUUUGUGUUUGUGGUGUUUGUGAUUGGGGUUGUGGUGUUUGUGAUUGGGGUUGUGGUGUUUGUGUUUGUGGUGUUUGUGAUUGGGGUUGUGGUGUUUGUGAUUGGGGUUGUGGUGUUUGUGGUUGGGGUUGUGGUGUUUGUGGUUGGGGUUGUGGUGUUUGUGUUGGUUGGGGUUGUGGUGUUUGUGGUUGUGGUGUUUGUUGUUGUGGUCACCUGGUUACCAGACACUGUAAAUAAAGGAUUCACAGAUCAAUGCUUUCGCCUGUUCAUUUUCAUUAGUACAACAAUAAAUUAA